AGCUUUCUCUCCUUUCCUCCGCCAUCGCCGCGGUGCGAACGUGGCGCUUCGCCAUGUCUUCCCACAAGACCUUCCGGAUCAAGCGCUUCCUGGCCAAGAAACAAAAGCAGAAUCGGCCUAUUCCUCAGUGGAUUCGGAUGAAAACUGGUAACAAGAUCAGGUACAACUCCAAGAGGCGGCACUGGAGGAGGACCAAGCUGGGUCUGUAAGGAGUCACAGGAGACGCACGCAUGCACAUUUGCUGUGAUAGGCUGCUAGUAUCUUGAACACAAAGGCGAAAAGGCACCAUAAGUUGAAGUCAUGUUUCUU